UUAGUACAGUGAACUCAUUGUCAUGUUCAAGAAACCAAUUUGAAAUGAUUCGAGCUUUGUGACAUGGUGCAUUAUCCUGCUGGAAGUAGCCAUCAGAGGAUGGGUACAUGGUGGCCAUAAAGGGAUGGACAUGGUCAGAAACAAUGCUCAGGUAGGCCGUGGCAUUUAAACGAUGCCCAAUUGGCACUAAGGGGCCUAAAGUGUGCCAAGAAAACAUCCCCCACACCAUUACACCACCACCAGCAGCCUGCACAGUGGUAACAAGGCAUGAUGGAUCCAUGUUCUCAUUCUGUUUAUGCCAAAUUCUGACUCUACCAUCUGAAUGUCUCAACAGAAAUCGAGACUCAUCAGACCAGGCAACAUUUUUCCAGUCUUCAACUGUCCAAUUUUGGUGAGCUCUUGCAAAUUGUAGCCUCUUUUUCCUAUUUGUAGUGGAGAUGAGUGGUACCCGGUGGGGUCUUCUGCUGUUGUAGCCCAUCCGCCUCAAGGUUGUGCAUGUUGUGGCUUCACAAAUGCUUUGCUGCAUACCUCGGUUGUAACGAGUGGUUAUUUCAGGCAAAGUUGCUCUUCUAUCAGCUUGAAUCAGUCGGCCCAUUCUCCUCUGACCUCUAGCAUCAUUUCAAGGCAUUUUCGCCCACAGGACUGCCGCAUACUGGAUGUUUUUCCCUUUUCACAACAUUCUUUGUAAACCCUAGAAAUGGUUGUGCGUGAAAAUCCCAGUAACUGAGCAGAUUGUGAAAUACUCAGACCGGCCCGUCUGGCACCAACAACCAUGACACGCUCAAAAUUGCUUAAAUCACCUUUCUUUCCCAUUCUGACAUUCAGUUUGGAGUUCAGGAGAUUGUCUUGACCAGGACCACACCCCUAAAUGCAUUGAAGCAACUGCCAUGUUAUUGGUUGAUUAGAUAAUUGCAUUAAUGAGAAAUUGAACAGGUGUUCCUAAUAAUCCUUUAGGUGAGUGUGUGUGUAUAUAUAUAUAUAUAUAUAUAUAUUCACACAGUAUGUUCCUGCAAUGCACCCUUUUCACAGUCUGUGAUGAUGCAUUUCUGCCUUAUUUAAUAUUGUAAACCUUGCUUUUGUUAAUCAGUUUUAUAAUCAAACAUUAGCCUAUUCUUUCUGUUAUAUCAGUAAUUAAAAGAAAAACUGGUAACACUUUUCAAUAUAAGGUACCGUUUGUUAACAUUAGUUAAAAACAUUAGUUAACAUGAAUGAACAAUACUUUGACAGCAUUUAUUAAUCUUAGUUCAUGAUAAUUUCAACAUAUACUAAUACAUUAUAAUAUAUAAUGCAAGAUAUAUUUGUUAACAGUAGUUAAUGCACAAUGAACUAACAAUGAAUUGUAUUUCUAUUAACUAACAUUAACAAAGACUAAUAAAUACAGUGCAAUGGGGAACGGGGAGGCAGGAACCGGCUGAACAGUUAAAGUAAUGUUUAAUGUCAAAUUAAAACAUAAACACACACAUGGAGGCUGUUUGUGGCUCUCCCUAUAGUGGCUUACAGGACUACCGGAAGUGGCCCACACUCAAGUAAAAGAAAAAGGCAAAUAUUGUUAUUAAAUAAGGUGGAUAGUUUCAGGGGGGUAGAUUCCGUGAUCAAUGUGUUCAUUUAUUUAAAGUGUUUAAGCCAAAUCUACGCCCUUAGAUAGUUUACUUCCAUGUCCUAAACUUGCAAAUGUGAAAAGGGUCCAUUAUGGCAGCAUCAUUAAAAUUGAUUGACUCUCAGAGAAUAAUUAUUUAGAACAUUCAUAAAAACAUAAUUGUGCUAAAAAUAUUUAUUUCAAAAUUUCAAUGGCUCGAAAUAUGUGGCAGCUAUGGCGAUGUCCAAUAACAACAAGGAGUCUUCAUCGAUGAAAAAUGGCCCUCCUUUUCAAUACAUGCUUCGGGCGUCUGGGCAAUGUGAGGUCUGGUGUGAUUACACCGACGAGGCGAAAUUUCGUCAGUAUGGUUGGCGUUGUUCAACGAGCGAAAACGCUUAUUCAAAUACCACCCUCAUUGGCAACUGGUCAGAAGAGAGGUUUGACACCCGUCGAACUGUGGCGUUACGCCGUCCACUGCCUCAUCAGUUCUCCCACUAUUUUGAAACCACUUAUUAUUCCAGUUAUAACAAAUAUGAAGGUCGGCCAGUUUAUCAAAAACCAAAGAGAGAGCCGAGAAGCUUCCCGGGACACCAACCAGAAUUGGACCCUCCACACACAAAAGAUGUGCCAAAUUCCUGCUACAGACUGGACUUCAAAGAACAUCGACAUGAAGAAAAAACAGAUGCCUCAAUGCCUCAGAACAGAAGUGUAAGAGAGACAGACUGAAGCUUUGUGGCUGAUAAACUGCUUCAUCUCACUCUUAAAAUGAAACCAGCUUCAAGAGUCACAAUGUUUCAUUGAACAUAUCCAACAAUGACUUCUG